AUUCGCACUCCGGGGCAUCGCGCGCGACAGGCUCCCGUGCUUGGUGCGUCAACAGACCGUUAAUCAGCCCUCAAGCACGUCGGCGCGGUCCUUAGCAUGCAGGCUCGACGUCGGCCAUCGUUGCCGAGCGUCGUCGUCUGCAUGCAGAGUGUCGCCAUGUACACCGACGUCGGUCGUUGUCUCUGCAUGCUCGAGCCACGCGCAAACACGCUCGAGACGUGUCGGCAUGACUGUACUACCUCGACUGCGCUUCAACAGCACGGUGUCUGCGUCGUCGCUCGAUGUGUGCGCGCACUCGCCUGUCCGACCACGACAGCACGUCGACGUCGUCGUCGGCCAAACGAGCACGCUACUCAGGCCUCAAGCCCGCGCGACGACACCUCGAUGUCUUGCCCUUCAUCCUCUCCUUCCUUCACUUCCCUUCACUAUCCGCGCGACCGUCGACGGCAACACGCGGCAUCCUUUUCGGUGGUAUGCGUAGUCGCGGGAUCGCCACGACGGCCUGGCUUCGACGUUACGCCUGACUUGGCAUGUGCUUGCGCUUUGUUGACGGAAAAAUCGAGCACAUAGCUGCUGCAUGUUUCAGCUCUAGCGUCCCAGAGCAGCAUACACACGGCGCCUAUGGACUUGACGACUC